AUGUUCCAAGAUAUCCCACCGCAGCAUCGUUGGAAUAUGGACGAGACGGGGAUCCUAGAAGGCCUUAGCAGCAACGGCCUCGUACUAGGUCGAUCCGACAAGACCUUCCAGUUGAAGAAGAAGGUUGGAUCGCGUUGUUGGACUACCAUUGUCGAAUGUGUCUCCGCCGUAGGCCAAGCACUGAGCCCACUGGUCCUCUUCAAGGGUCAGACCCUCCAACAACAGUGGUUCCCCAAGGAUCCGGCUUAUCUUAAAGAGUGGCUUUUUAAGGCUACCCCAAACGGCUGGACGGAUAACCUCGUUGCGUUACAGUGGCUAGAGGAGGUCUCUAUCCCUCAGACGAAAGCAUCGCGAACGACCCGACGGAUGCUUAUCGUUGAUGGGCACGGAAGUCAUCAGACUGACGAUUUUAUGUUCGAAUGCUUCGAAAAUGGGGUACAGCUUCUAUUCCUACCAGCACACGCCUCACAUGUCCUCCAGCCGCUUGACGUAUCAUGUUUUUCACCCGUCAAAGCAGCUUACUGCCGGGCCAUCCAAGAUAUCGCAUUCCUAGCCUGUAUUGACGAUACGACCCCAAUUGGCAAGGCCACCUUCCUCCACUGUUAUCAUUAG